UGGAGAAACCUGCUUUCGUGGGACCGGUGCACCGGUGAACGGAUGGGUCAAGCCGGCUCAUGGCGUCCGCCCCACGUGCUCGUUUGCUCUGCCUGGAAAAGAUGUCGGUGUGGCUCGAAGUGAGUGAGGAUCUCCGCAUCGGCCGCGCUCUCCAGCCAGCGCUCUGGGAGGAGGUAGUGCCAUGUGAAGCGGCCAGAAACAGCAUCUCUCGAGUGCACUUCGAGGUGAAGAUUCGACAGUCGCGUUUGAUGGUGAAAAACCUGAGCACUGGGGGGACCUUCCUCAAUGGCCUUCGGAUCACGGAGGCCACCCUGGAAGCCAGGUGAACGGUUUCAGCCGGGUGGGGUGUUGAUCCGACAUGUCCACCAUCCGAGAGGUCCACAAUGAGAGAGUCGAACAACAUGAGAGAAGGGACUCCUUUCAGCAGGGGUGGACCAAGUCUUUUUUCGCUGCAGAUGGCAUGAGGGCCACGGGGGCUCUCCACGAAGCGGUUCAGCAGGGGAGGAAGGGCACCUCGGUCCAGUCCAGCCGAGGCUGGCAAAAGGAUGUGUAUGGCAUAUGUACACACACACAUUUAUGUGUUUAUAAGGUACACAGCCACACCAUACUUGCAUAUAUCACAGGGCUCAAUGAUGUGGGUCGGAUCGACCUCCCUUCCUUUGGAGCCAAGGAAGAUGGGGACAUUCUGAGCGUGGGUCAGGGCGAGAAUGGCAGGCCAGCGCUCCAGUUCCAAGUUUCGGUGGAGCCACAAAGUCAGAUGCUCUCACUGCAGUGUUUGGCCAAGGUGAAGUUGCCCAAUUCACGGCUUUUGGCAGGUCCCACUGGGAUUGUCCGAGUGGGAAGGGCCUUGCAACCGCCGGAGUUUUGGCAAUCUAUAGUUCCAGAUGAGGCUUUGCGGAAUGCCAUCUCAAGAUCACACUUUGAGAUUUCACCUACUCCAGAUGGUCAGAUUGUCUUGGUAAACCUCAGUGUUGCCGGCACCUUGUUGAAUGGCAAUAUGGUCCAGCAAGACCACACUGUGAAGGACGGUGACUUGGUUGGAAUACCCCUCCACCGCCGGCCUGGAGUACCGCCCAUUGUCCAGUUUCGAGUUGAGUGUGGGCAUCCUCCAUAUCCUGCCGGGCUGCAUCCAAGCGAGAAAGAGCCUAUCGCCAUGAAGGUCACGGACUCGAAUGUCACUCCCAGGCCGGUUGCUUCUCCCCAGAACGGCCAGAGCAACACCGGGGAUGUGGUGCAGGUGCCGCAGGGCACUUUACCUUCGCCCUUUCUGUUGCAAUGUAUUUCUGCAGACCCAUCAGAGGAUUCCGUUUGCACACUCGCAGCACCGUUUGCUCAAGCAUGCAUUUCCGUUGGAAGCGAUUUCCUGGACCAGACAUUCUGGACAAGAGUUUUGCAAGACCGCACGCCAGCCAAGCUGGAAUCGCUUUAUUUCCGACUCUUCAUGUCACAAAGAGACGGCACACCGACAUUGAUUCUCCACGCGCAUGCGGCAACGAAACUCAAUGGUGUUGCUGCCACUGGUCAGCAGCCUGUCGUGCAUGAUGAUGUAAUUGGCAUUGUCGAUGGAGAUGAGCCCUUCUUAUGCUUCAGAGUGAAUUUCCUUCUCAGAUGAGCUGAAGCCAGCUCCGAAAUCGAAGCAGCGAUCCCACCAGGGAAGCACAAGCCUUCCGGGGCGUCACGGCGACGGG